AUGGAAAGAGGAAACCAAACAAAAGUCAGAAACUUUCUCCUCCUGGGAUUCUCAGCGAAGCCGGACCUGCAGCCUCUCUUCUUUGGGCUGUUUCUGUCCAUGUAUUUAGUCACGUUUACUGGGAACCUGCUCAUCAUUUUGGCCAUCAGCUCCAACUCCCACCUCCACACACCCAUGUACUUCUUCCUCUGCAACCUGUCCUUGGUAGACAUCUGUUUCACCUCCACCACCAUCCCAAAGAUGCUGUGGAACCUCCAGACACAGAGCAAAGCCAUCACCUAUUAUGGCUGCAUCACCCAGAUAUUUUUUUUCAUUGUGUUUGGAUGCCUGGACAAUUUGCUCCUAACCAUCAUGGCCUAUGACCGCUUUGUGGCCAUCUGUCACCCCUUACACUACACUGUCAUCAUGAGCCCUCGGUUCUGUGGACUGCUGGCUCUGGGGUCCUGGUGCAUCAGUGUUACAGGCUCCCUGCUUGAAACCUUGACCACCUUGAGACUGUCCUUCUGCACAAACAUUGAAAUCCCACACGUGUUCUGUGAUCUCCCGGAAGUCCUGAAACUCACCUGUUCUGACACCUUCAUCAAUAACAUGGUGGUAUAUUUUGUGACUGUUGUCCUAGCCGUUUUCCCCCUCUCUGGGAUCCUCUUUUCUUAUGCUCAGAUUCUGUCCUCCAUCCUGAGGAUUUCCUCAGCUGGCGGCAAGUACAAAGCUUUCUCCACCUGUGGGUCCCACCUGUCAGUGGUCUCGUUGUUCUAUGGCACAGGUCUGGCGGUCUACCUCAGUUCUGCAGCCACUUCAUCCUCUAGGACAAGUUUGGUGGCUUCGGUGAUGUACACCAUGGUCACCCCCAUGCUGAACCCCUUCAUCUACAGUCUGAGGAACAGGGACAUGAAGAGGGCCCUGGGGGGACUCCUUAUUGGAAAUAACUGUCAGGAAUAA